CCAAUCGUGUUUUUCAGAGGGCUUAUGUGAGGUAGUGUGGUUUCACUGCGCUUUGUACCUUUUUGUGGGCAGAGGGAGUGUUCGACAGUAAGGAAAGCUUUAAGAAUUCACGAAAUUAACUAAAAAUAUCAUCAUAUUAGAAGACUAAUCAAGAGGGCUGCACCAUGGGAGAACCCCAGCAGGUCAGCGCCCUCCCGCCCCCGCCCAUGCAGUACAUUAAGGAGUACACUGAUGACAACGUGCGCAAAGGCCUGGUCCCCAAGGCCCCGCCCCCCAUACGGGACAGCUACAUGAUGUUCGGCAACCAGUUCCAGUGCGACGACCUGAUCAUCCGGCCGCUGGAGAGCCAGGGCAUCGAGCGCCUGCACCCCAUGCAGUUCGACCACAAGAGGGAGCUGAAGAAGCUCAACAUGUCCAUCCUGGUGAACUUCCUGGACCUGCUGGACAUCCUGAUCAAGAGCCCGGGCAGCGUGCGGCGGGAGGAGAAGCUGGAGGACCUGAAGCUGCUGUUCGUGCACAUGCACCACCUGAUCAACGAGUACCGUCCCCACCAGGCGCGCGAGACUCUGCGCGUGAUGAUGGAGGUGCAGCGGCGGCAGCGGCUGGAGACCGCAGAGCGCUUCCAGAAGCACCUGGAGCGCGUGCUGGAGAUGAUCCAGGGCUGCCUGGCCUCGCUGCCCGACGACCUGCCCCAGGCCGAGGGCCCUGCCGCGGGGAGGCCGGGGGCCGCCAGGGCCCCCCGCCCCGAGCCCAUGGACCUGGAGGAGGCGGGGGGUGGGGGCUCCGCAGGGGGGGUGCAGGACAGGACCACCGCGCCCCCGCCUAAGAGGGACAAGCUGUGGGACAAAGACGUGGCUAUGUGCAGUAUCAUUGAUGAGAUGACCUGAGUCCACUUUUAAGGUUUUCUGUUCUGUUUUUUUUCUUUUUUGUGGAACGUGAGCGUUAUGUACGGCUCCAUCUUUGUGUUUGCCUCAUGGCUUCUCUCUGCGAUUUUGCUGUGAAACGUGUACAUAAUUCUUAAGUGAGAAUAAAGGGCUGUAAAUUGAGGCCAAAAACCUUUCGUUGAAAUCUUAGUGGUACAGACCACACCUUUACAGCUCUCUUAUCAUCAUUGGAGCCAAUCAGAUUGGUCUUUUUCAUCUGUUUAUCAUCACUGUAGCCAAUGGGAUUAGUCUGGGUUCCUGUCUGUUCCCUUGAUGCACCAGCUUUCAGUGGCGCAAGCUAAAUGUGUUGCUGAUGUUUGGCAGUGUAAACAGUGAUGAACAUUCACAGGACUGUCUUUGCUUUGUGUCAAAAUUUAACUAAAACAGGCAAUUCAUCGGGUGAUGAGAAGGGUCUUUAUUGAGAAUGCAUUUUAUUUUGUGAAAUUAAAUUCUGAGUUAAAAAUAUGCCUGCAAAGAGCUAUCGGCAUAUUUGAAAUGCAGGUCCCCAUCAAAGAUUGUUAACAAAGGUUUCGUUUGAAAUGAACAAACAUGAACGUGGCGUGUGAUUG